AUGCGGCGCGUUGUCGUAACGGGUCUCGGGGCGGUGUCACCGCUGGGCGUUGGAGCUCGGCGCACCUGGAAACGAUUGCUAGAUGGCCAUUGCGGUGUCGUCAAUGUGAAAGAUCGCGAUGAGCGCUUCGCAGAGCAGCCCUGCCAAGUAGCCGCUGUGGUACCACAGGGAGGUCGCGAGGAUGGAAGUUGGACGGCUUCAGAAUGGUUGGACCGAGGUGAGCGCAAAAUGGCCAAAUUUGCUCAGUAUGCAAUGGCCGCUACGGAAGAGGCGCUUCAAGAUGCAGACUGGAAACCUGAGCCCUUUGAGCAGAGAGAAGCAACGGGUGUCUGUCUUGGCUCUGGCAUCGGCAACUUUGAUGAAAUGUACAACACAGUGGUUGCAUAUGAGAAAGGGGGCUACAAGAAAGUCAAUCCACUCUUCGUGCCUAAGCUACUGAUCAACCUUGGAGCUGGUCAUAUUUCUAUGAAGUAUAGGUUCAUGGGCCCGAAUCAUGCCGCCACCACAGCUUGCACAACUGGAGCCCAUUCCAUCGGCGAUGCAGCCAGGUUCAUUGCCUGUGGUGACGCUGAUGUGAUGGUAGCUGGUGGCGCCGAGUCUUGCAUCCAUCCUUUGGCCAUCGGCGGGUUCGCUCGGGCGAGAAGUCUUGCCACAGCUUUCAACGAUACCCCCGAGACCGCGUCACGCCCUUUUGACGCUGAUCGCGGGGGCUUUGUUGUCGGCGAAGGUGCGGCUGUGUUGAUCCUGGAAGAACUGGAGCAUGCUCUUGCAAGAGGUGCCAAGAUAUAUGCAGAGCUCAAAGGAUAUGGCUGUUCUGGCGAUGCACACCAUAUGACGUCGCCCAAGGAGAAUGGCGAAGGCGCGUACAUGGCCAUGAAAAAGGCACUCAAACAAGCCAAAAUUCGCCCAGCUGACGUUGACUAUGUCAACGCACAUGCCACUUCAACUAUUGUUGGCGAUGCCGCGGAAAAUGCUGCCAUCAAGGCUCUUUUGCUUGGGUCCGAGGGCAGAGAGAAAGCAGCUGAUGUUAAUGUCAGUAGCACAAAGGGUGCACUCGGCCAUCUUCUUGGUGGAGCCGGUGCUAUUGAGGCCCUAAUCAGCGUGCUUGCCAUCCAGGAAAAUAUUAUGCCGCCCACCAUCAAUCUAGACCGGUUGGCCAAUGGAUUUGAUUGCAACUAUGCUGCCAAGGAAGCGCAGUCAAGGCAGAUUGAUGUGGCUUUGACGAAUAGCUUUGGAUUCGGUGGCACAAAUAGCAGCCUGUGCUUUGCGAAGUAUUAA